AUGACAGAUAACCAAGACAGCCUAAUUAUCGCCGGUUGCUUGAUAGUAGGCCUCUUUUUCUUUGUGUAAGCUUUAUUUACUCUUCCUCUCAGUUAGCGAACAAAAAAUUUUGUUCGCUCACUGAAGGUUAAUUUUUUUGUAUUAAAAAUUUAUAUAUAAAAAUUUUUUGAAAAAAAAAAUCCGAAUUCGCAAAAAUUGGAACGUAAAUAUUUAUUUAAUUUGUAAAAUUUAUGUUUUAAAAUUGCAAUUGUUUAAAUUAAACAGAUUUAAAAAUUUGUUGAUAAUUACGUAAGUUUUUGGGUAAAAAUAGGGAUUUUUCAAUUUAUUCUGUUCGCUCACAAAGGGGAGUUAGCUUUUUGGCCAUAUAUAUUUAUUGCAGAAGGUAUUUUUCAAGGUUGAAAAGACUUUCCAGGCAAUUCACUGCUAAUUCUGCCGGUCCAAUUUCCAGUAAUAUUUCUGGACCAAAUCAAAUAACUUCAGAAAUCACAGAAACCAUGCUAAAUAAAAAGAUGCCAAUGCUGUUUUACCCAAUAAAGAAAAAAUUCAAAGGAGAGCCUGCUUGCACAAUUUGUCUGGUAGAUUUUAAACAAGGAGAAGUCCUAAGAUUGACAAAAUGCAAACACAUUUUUCAUGUCGGAUGCAUUGAUGAAUGAAUAAUCUCGUCUAGUAAAAAAAAGUGCCCAAACUGCAAUUGGCAAAUCUUAAGAUAG